GGCUGCUGCCGCGUUGCCUGGGACCGGCUCCUACCUUCUCAUUUAAUUCACUCCUGCAGGACUGCACAAUAACAUCUGACGUGUGGCUGUUGGAUUUAAGAAUGAGCAAAAGGGGGAGGAGACGGAACAGCAGGAGGAGGAAGAGCUCCAGCAGCAGCAAACAAAGUUCCUCCGCCUUUCUCUUUCAAAGCCAGAGCAGCAGUACAACAGUCAGCUACGAGAAGGACCUAGCUGGAAAGCAUGGAGAAAACUCUCUUCAAAAAGAAAAUGUUCUGACCGGAUAUGAAGAUCAACAAAAUGGUCACGCUCCACCCAGCCAAAAAAGAUGGAAACAAGACUUUAACAUGGCUGCAUUUCAGGAACAAAGGAGUGUGUACACAAAAACAACGGAGCUUGAAGAGCAAGGAGUGAAGAUAGUAACAUCAGUGUCCAAAAAUGACACGGAAAAAUCCCAAACUGUCCAAAUCCAACAGUCACAUGAGUCUUUAAAUGACGAUCCAACUAACUCAUCUACACCCGUAACAAACAUCUUCAAUGUCAGCUGCACUGGGUCACAUGUGAAAGUGGAAAUCCAAGAAGUUCGACAGGGGAAUCCUUAUGGGAUGAAGACCACUUGCGUUUUUAUGAAUGAAAACAAGGCUUCUGAGGUCAUCAUUAACCAGGAAUAUGAGGGGAUGCAGAUCCCUGACCAUCAGCCGUUGGAGCAACUCCCAAAAAACGUGACUAGUCACAACCAGGAGAUAAAUUAUAGGUUUACGUUUGGCAGCAUAAAUGAACAGACAAAGCAACAAAGUGACUCAAGAUCAGUCUGCUCAUCAAACGUACGUGGCGAUCCGAAUUACUGUCGUUGUUGCAGUGAUUACAUCCAACAGAACCUGGCUAAACAUUUAUUGGGUUCACCAUCACUAUUGGAUGGUAAUAUUCAGGGAAAGAAGCCAGACGCUUUGAACAGGGAUCGGCUCUUCAAUAUCUCAACACCCCGAGUCUUUGGCGACAUUAAAUGCAGCAGCUCUUUGGAAGACCUGACAAAUAACCUAGCUUCCUUUAGGAUAGGAGGUCCAGCAGAAUUAGCAUUCCCAUUUUCUGCACUGGAGAAGGAAAAAGAAGAUAGGACCCGUUCCUUUGAUCAGCUAUCAGAAUCAGAUAACUAUGAGCCUAUGUUCAUUCGGCCCUCCGUGUCUACAGACAGGUCCAGCUUUGUCAAAGAUUUCAUCUACUGCCAGAAGAGAAAGUCCUGGAUCAGAAACAACAGCAUCGCCACCGUGGAGCACAAGGAGUGUCUGUUAAUGAGGAAAAGACGGCAGACGUUUCCUGGAACGUCUCUUGAUCCAGAACUGAUUCAUGAGGAUGUUCUGCUCCCGUACAAAGAAUCAGUCUCUUCGUUCGUCGUGUGCCGUCUUCCUUUCCAAACUGAGAGGCUGGAAAAAAACAAGCAGCUGGAUGACAUAUUUUCUACAUAUGUGAGAAAAAAAUGUGUUUCUUCACAAAGUAGAGAGAGUUCUAAAACUUGCUCAGACAGUUCAGAAACUACCGGAGAACUUACAGGCAUGGAGCCUGACAGAGAAAUGAGCCCAAAACUUUAUGUGGAAGAGAUUAUUGAAGGAGGCCUUGCUAUACAAGUCAUCCCUCCAUCCUGCAGUGGUUCAGAGGAACAAAUCCUACAGACGACUCUCACGGAUGCCAAGGACCAAGAUGACAGAAGUUUCACACAAAGUAAUUCUGAUUCCACUUCACCAGAAUGCUCAGUCAUGACAUCACCUGUUGAUGCUGUUCAGCACAACAUCCUGUCAAGGUCAACAUCUGAGGAGACAGACAUGGAUUCCCUAAAUAAACACAAUGUUGCCAUGGAAAUCGAGUCAAACCCGACUGCAAAGUCAGUUAGUUGCCUUCCACUUCUGCUUGUUACUGAUGAGCUGAAUGAUAAGGAGGUGGUUGAAAAUAGGCCUUCAGAAGACGCCAACAAAGCAGCAGACGGUUUAUUAUGUGUAGUAAAACCAUCUACAGACCUAAUUCUCCAUGCAAAGGAGCUGCCUGUUAAAGUCGGCAAGGCAGAGAAACCCACUGUGUACAGAUCGAACUCCGAGGCUAGAGAGCAUCUGAAGCCUGGAUCUCACAAAGACAGAGACGGCACCGACCACUGGGCCAGGAAGAGAAAACUCUUCAAGGAGAGCAAGCAGUGGAGCUCUGCUGGUGGAAGUUCAAAUACCAGUGACAUCACAGAGGAAUCAGUAUCAGAGGAUACACUUUCUACAAAUGUGACAGUUCAAGACAAUGAAGACAGAGGGUUGUACGCAGAGUCAUUCCACUCUUCAGCGUGGAUUUACCAAGGAGACGACAUAAACUCAGGUGCCAUCGGUCCCAAUCUCACAGUCAGAACGCGUGCUGUCUCAAUUCGAGAGAGGACUGUUCAAAUCAGCAAAGGGACAGGAGAAUAUCCCUGGGGCUUUCGAAUACAGUUUUCCAAACCCAUUGUUGUCACUGAAGUUGACACAAAUGGAGCUGCAGAGGAAGCGGGGCUAAUAGUAGGCGACUACGUCCUUGCUGUUAAUGGAAUUGACGUUACCAGCAUUCCUCAUUCGGAGGCAGCUAAUUUAGCCAGACAAGGUCCAGAUAUUCUAACAUUGACCAUUGGAUCAGACAUUGCUCGGGGUCCUAACACACCCAGACCACCAUGCCGUGGUUACCUCCAUAAGCGAACCCAGUCUGGUCUAAUCAAAGGCUGGAGGAAGAGGUGGUUUGUUCUCACACACGACUGCUGCCUGUACUACUUCAAAAACAAACGAGACGAAGGCAAGCGGCAGCCGUUAUCCUCAGUGAAGCUGGAAGGUGCUGAGGUGGGACCGGAUGAUUCCCUGGGCAAGCCGUUUGUUUUCAAGUGUCGCCCUCAGUUUGGCAGUCGGGUGUACUCUCUCUGCGCCACUUCCAAUCAGGAAAUGAAAAGAUGGUGUGAAGCUAUGGAAAGAGCUGUUCAUCCCAUUACACAGAACCAUGUGUGGAUUGACGUCACAAGACACAACUCCAACAUGCCGCCGCUGGCUGUGAAAAACCCGGAGUGUCUGGGACUGCUCAACAAGCUGGACAGGAGUAGAGACAUGUGGGUCCAGCACUACUGCAUCCUGAAAGAUGCGUGUCUCUACUUGUACAGCGGCAUCCGCUCCACCCACGCACAUGGUGGGAUUUACCUCCAGGGCUACGCGGUGCGGGAGCAGGCCUAUGGAUCCAAAAAGUCCACAAUUGAACUGAAACCUCCGUCUGAUGAGUUCAAGACGUUCUACUUCUGUGCCGACAAUUCAUCUGAAAAUAAACGAUGGAUUUUAGCCAUCAAAGCCUCCAUAAAGAAGUGGCGGCCAUUUCACCAGGUCCUUCAGGACUACAUGAGCCUCCCACCAGAAGAAACCAGAAUGUGAGGAACAGCUGGACGCUGUUAGCAGCCUGAGGACCGAGACGAGCUUCCGAUAUGAUGACAGCUUCACCGCUCCCACUGUGCUGGAGUUAUGAAAAUAUUCUUGCUCGUAAAUGUUCAUGCCAUUAAAAAUUGUCCUCAUUCUGACAGGGUGUCAAAUGAGAUUUAAGAAAUGUAAAUAAAAGU